UCGCCCUCCUCUCCACGUCUAGCUUAUUCACAAAUUAUACCAGUCUUACAAAGCUUUUCAUCCUCUGCCCAACGGCCGCCCAGAAAGUGUGACAAUGUUGUCGCUUCCUACCGACAUACAGCUACUAGUCCUUGACUACUUCAAUCUCAAAUCUGACUUGAAGGCAUUAUGUCUCACGUCGAAGGCAUUUCGUGCUCUUGCGCUGCCACGACUCUAUCAUAGCGUCGUUCUCGAGACAUGGUCAAAUGAGCAAAAAGGUCUAAAACGAUUUGUGAAGAGUGUCGCUGCUGGUGCUGGGCCUCAUCUGCGCUUUACAAGAAGUCUGGCCAUCGAGGACAUUCGACCCCCGGCGGAGCCAAGGCCGCAGGUUGUCUGCCCGCUCAACUUCGACGCCAGUGACCUUGAGGCGUCCGCGGCCGAUCACGACAUGGACAAGGUCUGGAAUUAUCUUUCCCUGGUCCUCGAGAUGUUCCGUCCUAACACUCUACGUACUUUACGAUUUAUUUCGAACAGAUCCCUGCCAGAUGAGAUGCUAGUAUAUCUCCAACGUCAUCAGCGCGAACUCCAACAUCUACAUACUAGUCCGAGUGAAUACCACUACCGCCAGGGAUCGCUCUUCGAGCACCUUCGUACGUUAGAGGUCUAUGCCAACAACAGCCAUGCGAGUUCAAGCAUAUUUAUCGAUAAUCUGUUGAGGCUGUGCUCCGGCGUCGAACGACUUUCUCUUGGGCUACGUCCGUCUUGGACUGGAACCGAUCAGAAGAACCUUUGCGAAUGGAUUCCCAAUACACGCUUCCGGCACCUAAAAGAGCUGAGCUUAUUUGAGUUACCUCUCCGCCCGGAGAUUUCAUUGGUUGGUCUACUACGAAAGAUUGAUUUCCGGACCCUGGAAAAGUUGACGCUUUCCGAUUGCGAUGAUACCGACGAGUUCUUUUAUCAACUGGGGAAAGAGGUCGACAAUGCCCCACUAUCACUCCGUCACAUGGCUGUUUCAGUGGAAAAUGGAAACUGUCUCGUCGAACUCCUCGAUUCCUGUAAGGCUCUUACGGACCUCCAUGUGAGGUCCUUCGAGUGGCCACCCGUGGCUCUUCUCGCAUGGUUGAACAACCGCGGUUCUACCCUUCGCACUGUGGCUUUGCAUCUAGACCAGGAUGACCUGUACUACGACCCCGACCCUUUCCCUAUACGCGCCUAUAAAUCCUUUAGCAAACCCUCUCGGCUCCGUUACCUCGGCUUUCAAAUCUCACAUUACGAUCUGCAUCCAGGGGAAUUGCAUCUUGAGAAUAGGCACUACGACUAUUUGAACGAAUUCCGGUAUCUCCCGGAGCUACGCGUUUUGCACAUUAGGCUUCCACGCCGCGGGGGCGGGUGGGAUCUAGACAGGGACUUCUCCCAAACCGAGAGGUCGGGCGCGUGGUUGGCUCAACGGUUCGCGAACGGAUUCUUCGCCUAUUUGCAUUCUCACGGAUUCUGCCCCAAGCUGACGGUGUUGGUUGUCGGGUGCUGUUUGACCCUCCCGUUCCCUCGAGACCUCCAAGAGGAUGAAUGGAUCUUUCCACGGCACUGCUUCGUCAAGGGCUAUCAAAUGGACGUCUUGAACAGAAGUGCAGUUGUUGGGGUCCAGGUCCCUGCGUACAUGGUUCGUGAGCUCGAACCAGACUGCAAUUUGCUUCAUUUCGACCCUGAGUGUGAAUGGUGUGAAGGGUUUCCGAAGACCCCGCACUGGGUAUGAUUGAGAUGAGACGAAGACAUACGCAUGAAUUUCGGGCCGGAUUCACUACAGGAGAGUGGGAUGGGACGCAUGUCUCACAUCGUGUAGCUAGUAAUGUCAGGAUGUUCGUUACCUGUCGAGUCACUUCAGCAUCCUUACCUCGAUCAGAAU